CGGAUACGUGUCUCGCUGUCAGCAUCCUUCCGUCAUGGCGUCUACUCGGACUAACCCUAUUGUUAACCUGCACUUUCUGACUGUUUUACUCCUGCUGGCGAUAUGUCUGCCUUUCGGAGGAGGACAGAAGAAGAAAGAGAACCUGCUGUCGGAGAAGGUUGAGCAGAUGAUGGAGUGGUCUUCUCGACGCUCAGUCAUCCGCAUGAACGGAGACAAGUUCCGCCGUUUCGUCAAGGCCCCGCCCAGGAACUACUCCGUUAUCGUCAUGUUCACCGCCCUGCAGCCUCAAAGGCAGUGUUCGGUCUGCAGGCAAGCGAAUGAAGAAUACCAGGUCCUGGCAAACUCCUGGCGUUAUUCAUCUGCAUUUUCCAACAAGCUCUUCUUCACGGUUGUGGACUACGAUGAAGGAGCUGACGUCUUCCAACAGUUGAACAUGAACAGCGCUCCAACUUUCAUGCAUUUCCCUGCAAAGGGAAAACCUAAGAGGGCCGAUACGUUUGACCUCCAGAGGAUCGGCUUCGCCUCAGAGCAGCUGGCCAAGUGGAUUGCCGAUCGCACAGACGUUCAGAUCCGUGUCUUCCGUCCUCCAAAUUAUUCCGGGACUAUUGCUUUGGCUCUUUUGGUGUCUCUGGUUGGAGGUUUGCUGUAUCUGAGGAGAAACAACCUGGAAUUCAUAUACAACAAGACUGGAUGGGCCAUGGCCGCAUUGUGUGUGGUUUUUGCAAUGACAUCUGGACAGAUGUGGAAUCACAUUCGAGGUCCUCCCUACGCCCACAAAAAUCCACAAAACGGACAAGUGAGUUACAUCCACGGCAGCAGCCAGGCUCAGUUUGUGGCCGAAUCUCACAUCAUCCUGCUCCUGAAUGCUGCGAUCACCAUGGGAAUGGUUCUGCUUAACGAAGCCGCCACCUCUAAGGGAGAUGUUGGCAAGAGAAGGAUCAUCUGCCUGGUUGGCCUCGGGUUGGUGGUGUUUUUCUUCAGCUUCCUGCUCUCCAUCUUUAGGUCCAAGUACCACGGAUACCCCUACAGCUUUCUUAUUAAGUAAAAUGCUAACUGAGGAGGACGAGCAGGGCAGAGGAUGAUGAAGAUGCAGUAUGGAUUGAAGAGGAGAGAAGAAAAUAUUUGGAAAACUAAACGCGCUUUGUGGGAUUUUUCUUUUGUGUUGCUUCUGGUGUCCUGGAACCAUGGUGUUAAAAAAAUAAUUUUAUUUUUUUUGUAAUGAUGGAAAUAAAGUUGUUGGCACGUCUGAUCUUCACAACAUUCUCAUUGGAUUAACUUGUUUUUUUUUCCACAAGAUCAAUCAGUCAAUCAGCUAAGGCUGUUUUUACAUUUUCAGGUUAGCAGCUAAAGCAUAUUUGUAACAACUGAUCCAUAUUUAAAAGUUCCACCUUUGAGGUUUUUUAGGCAGGGAAGUUUCUCAAUUAAUGGAAAUGUGUAAAUAGAUUAAUUUUUUUUAUUAUUAUUCUUACAAUUUUUCCUGUAUUGAUGCAUCGGAAAACUUAGGAUGUUUGAUCUUGGAUGUAUUAAAACCUUUUAAUACUGCCUCUAACGUACGUGUCACUCCAUCAGUGAACUACGUUACGAUAAAAGCGCAACAAGAAUAAAAAAUUUGGCCUAUAUUUCA